AUGGCAGCCCACAGCUAUUACAACGGCGGCUACAGCAAUAAUCCCCCAACCUACGAGCAAACCCUUCCUCACACCGAACCCGUCGAUCGCGUCUCUCCGCCAGCAUUCGAUCGCAUCAGAUCAGGGGGUCCAUAUGUAGCAGGCGGGAGGUUCAACGAGGCCGAUUACUACUCAGACAAUAUACCGUUGAAAGCACACAACCAGGAUCCAAAUGGAUCUCCACCGCCAAACUGGAUGCAGCAGCCAACUCAAUAUGCGCCAGACCCCUCGGCAAUGGAGCCCGCAGGGCCCCCGGUUGCCUCGACAAGGAGACAGAAGAAAGGGAUAUUCAAGAAGAAGAUUGCUUGGGUGACAUAUACAUUGACCAUAGCCCAGGUCAUCGUUUUCAUCGUCGAGCUGGUGAAGAAUGCUCAACUUACAGGAAGCCCGAUCGAACUCCACCCCCAGUUCAACCCGAUGAUCGGCCCUUCGCCGUACGUUCAGAUCAACAUGGGAGCGCGGUACACGCCGUGUAUGAAGAACGUGGACAAGAUUCAGAAUUCGCCUGUGGACUUUUUAUUCCCGUGUCCGAACGCGACAUCGACUGCGGAUUUUGUAUGCAGCCUCUCGGAGCUGUGCGGUUUCGAUGGAGUCCCAAACCCGGUUCCGGGCGGCACCCUGGACGAUCGCCCUGAGCCAAAUCAAUGGUUCCGGUUCAUCAUUCCCAUGUUCCUUCACACCGGGAUCAUUCACAUCGGCUUCAAUUUGCUGGUUCAAAUGACAAUGGCCGCUGAUAUGGAGAGAACGGUGGGAUGGUGGCGGUUCGCCUUUGUCUACUUGGCCAGCGGUAUCUGGGGUUUCGUGCUCGGCGGAAAUUACGCAGCUCAAGGCGAAAGUUCUUGCGGUUGCUCGGGCAGUCUAUUCGGCAUCCUAGCCCUCUAUAUCUUGGACCUUCUCUACACUUGGGGUGAACGGUCGAGUCCAUGGGUUGAGCUUGUGAUCAUGGUUUUUGGUAUUGGCAUUUCGUUCGUGCUCGGGUUGCUUCCGGGCUUGGACAAUUUUUCACACAUUGGAGGCUUCGUCAUGGGUCUGGCAUCUGGUCUCUGCAUUAUGAGAUCUCCUAAUGCCCUUCGCGAACGCAUUGGCCUUGCCCGUAACCCGUACGUGGCCAUGACUGGUGCCGCGGGUGCCAGCGCUGAUCCUGGAAAUAAAGUCACCAAUCCUGGCUCGAGCAUUGCUGAAUUUUUCAAGGCUCACAAGGGCUCUAAGAGCUCGAAAGAUUCCAGUGCUCUGGGUUUCUUCAAGGGUCGUAAACCACUUUGGUGGGCCUGGUGGUUGGUGCGACUCGGGGCAUUGGUUGCAGUCCUCAUUGGCUUCAUCUUGCUUAUUGUGGACUUUUACAAAUAUCACACUUCGAAUUGCUCAUGGUGCUACAGACUGAGCUGCUUGCCGGUCAAUGAUUGGUGCGAGCAGGGUCAGAUCACAGUCGUCAAUACAACCACAACAAACUAG